AUGUCGGAGGUCCGUCAGGAUAUCGGAGCAAAUCCGGGGUCUCCGAAUGUUCCGACUCGGGACCGAGGUUCCGGGAUGGGAGUAGCCAAGGUUCGGUGUGCCGCAACCCGACCGGAGCUGAGACAGCCAGGAGGGAAGAUGGUGAAACAAGACGGCCAGACAAGAUACUACAAACACAUCACAAUCUUCCCCGAUGCACUAGUAACGGCCAAUCACCGGCGGCUGAUAGAUGGCACGAUAAUUGAUGCAUACAUUGAGAUGCUGAAAGACCUCACUGACAAAAACCUGCGGGACCUGCUCAGUACCACCCGACCCCAAGUGAUCAUGUUUCCUACCCAGUGUGAGGGAAUGCGACAUCAUUUGGCAGUUCGCCUAUUGGAUCGCUGCCACUGGCUUCUUGGUGUUGUGAACUUUGAAGAGCAAGAGCUGCGCUAUCUUGACAGCAAACCCAUCCCCGAAACCUCCAAUAUAAACUGCCAUGGCCCAUGUUGGGUUUUUACAAUACUCCAACAACUGGUUGACGCUGUCUGGUCGUUCACUCACCCUGAUGGUCAGCAUGGGUUCAACUGGUUCAAUUGGACCACGAAAGUAGUCACUUCCCUAGAUGGAGGAACGACAACGGAAUGGGUAUGA